GAACAACAACAGAGAGAGUGUGAGAGAGAUAGUGUUGGUCGUUGUCAAGAAAGACGGCAUCGGGGCUCAUAGGGUAGAGCCGUGCCGGGGCUCAUAGGGUAGAGCCGCUAUCCUUGGAUGAAACAGCGACGAAAUUUACCAUAGAGGGUUUGAACCAGCAGGGUCUGUCUUCUGGUGGAGGCGGGGAGAACUCGUUGCGACCACGUCUCGAUUUCCCACGUCAGUCAAGACAUCGGACUUUGCGGUUGCGUUGUGAGAGCAGCAUCCGUAGCCGCACGACCAGCAGCAUGGCCCGAUCGGCGUGCUGGCUGUGGGCCACUUUGAUUGCUCUUGGCUCUGCGAGCGUGGCCCGAGGUCCAGUCACACCAGGCACCAGCAGCACGAACGCUGAGAUGCAAGCCAUCAGUCUGCUGCACUCAUCCAUCGACUACAACCGGGACGGUGUGAUUGACGAGGCUGAAACGGCAGGGAUCCUCAAAGACGCGUACAUGUCCGACGAGGAUACCAGCGAAUUUCUUACCGAGUCCCACGAGUACUUUCAGCUCGAUGCGCUUCGCGAUCUGCGCGAAAUCUACGAAGCCUGGCUUGCUAACCCCGCCCGCAACUGGACCGUUCAAGAAGUUGCCGAGUGGGCGCUUCGGGAAGUUGGAUCGGUUGACACAGCUCGGCUGCUACGCGAGGCUCAAGUCAACGGCACUCCUGCCAUAUCGCAGAUGCUGCCCAUGCUCGCGACCAACGAUACGCUGCUCAAGAACUUUGCCCUCAGUGCGCAGACACGCGCCCGCCUGAAGAUUCGAAGCAUGGACAUUAUCCUUUUUGGGCCGCCUCCAUCCGACCUGUGGCAGUACGCCAUCGUCGCCGUCUCAAUCUUGUUGGCGUUGAGCUCCUUGCUGCUCCUUGCCCAUCAUCUGCGCCAAUCCAAAGCCCUGGCGCAGGAACUGGAGCGUCUCAAGUCUGACUCGGACGAGUUGACCACGAUGCGUGGCCAGAUGCACGAGGUGGAGCGCUUCCUCAACGAUAACCGCCAUGAAGGGGUGCGGCAACUCGAGGCGGAGAACCGCCGUCUCAGUGGCCAACUGGAUGCCAACGCACGCGAUCUUAUUCACCAGUGUUUUGAACGCGAAACGGCCCUGUUCAAAUUCAAGGCCAAGAGCAUCGACGAGCGCCAACAAGAGGUUGCCAGCGAAUAUGAAAAGCUCACCAAUCGCCGUGGUGCCCUCUUCAACCUGCGGAUGGCACACAGCACCAAGCCGCACGAGCUGGAACUGGCCAUGACCAAGAUCAAGGCCGACAUGGCUGCUCUUAUUGAGGAGGGUCACGAGCGUCGGCAGCGCUGGUCUCAGAUCCAGGAUAUCUUCAAACUCAACCUUCAGCCCCGCCGCAGCUCCAGUGCUAAUAGCAAGAGUACCCAUAGCGAGCAUCUUCGCCGCCGUGCAACCGGCAAGUAAAGCAAACCAGCGGCCUGGACC